UGCCAGCCCCACAGGUCUCAGCGAGGCCGGGUGACGUUCCAGGAUGGGAGACAAGCCAAUUUGGGAGCAGAUUGGAUCCAGCUUCAUUCAGCAUUACUAUCAGUUAUUUGAUAAUGACAGAACCCAACUAGGCGCAAUUUAUAUUGAUGCAUCAUGCCUUACGUGGGAAGGACAGCAGGUCCAGGGGAAAGCUGCCAUUGUGGAGAAGUUGUCUAGCCUUCCGUUCCAGAAAAUUCAGCAUAGUAUCACAGCGCAGGACCAUCAGCCCACACCAGAUAGCUGCAUCCUCAGCAUGGUCGUGGGUCAGCUCAAGGCUGAUGAAGAUCCCAUCAUGGGUUUCCACCAGAUGUUCCUAUUAAAGAACAUCAAUGAUGCUUGGGUUUGCACCAAUGACAUGUUCAGGCUUGCUCUGCACAACUACGGCUGACCUCUUCUUGGCCAGUUACUCACGCUGUUUCCUCCUCCCUCCUCUUCCCAAUACUAUCACACUCCUCCAGAUGCUCCAAAUAUCAUACACAAAUGAGCAGGGCCAAGGUGGGCAUGGGUGCAGUGCGCUCCUGCCACUGAGGUUUUGUGCAUGAUGUUUGGAUGCUAGACUAGUUGCAUCUGACAGGAGAAGUUUGUGUUGUACCAGCGCAUGCCUUGGAAAGACUUAAGUAAUGCAAAAGGUUGUCAUUUUCUUUUUUUUUUUUUUAAUCUACUGACAAGUUGCUCUAGUAACCCAAAGAAGUGAAGGAGAAAGCAGCUGCCUCACCACCCAGAUACUGAUUUGUUCAGAUGUUUCAAAUGCCUCAUUAUACAAUAAAACCACAAAAAUUUUCUUAA